AUGCGUUACAUGCAAGAUAAUUCAUCAGUUAUUGUUGAUGGUCGUGGUAAUCAAGCUUAUAUAUUAGCUACAGGUCCAAUAUAUGAUGAAUGGGUUCGAAAUAAUUAUGAACUUCAAGUUUGGCAAACAUAUUUUAAAAUGGGCACACAAGAUAAACAUUGGGCAAAAGAAGUCAUUACAUGUACAAAAAAACCUCAAGCGAGUGCUACAAUCACGAACCUACAAGUUCAAUUAAGUACUUAUUGGACUCAAACUACAGCUGGUGCAAUAAAUCCAAUAACUGCAACAACUUCAUCAGCACCAGCAAAUACUGGUCGAAUUCGUGAUGCAGUUGAUCGACUGGGAAAAGCAAUUUUAAAAUAUAUUCAACAUUGUAUACAACAUGUAAAAAGCAUGACUGAAAAUAAAAUAAAAUUAGAUUAG